GGCAGCAGCUAGUUUGUCAAAUCACAUAAAAUAGCCCAAAAUUGGGGAGAAAAAUUCAGAGUAUUUGGAGCGUUUAGGUGUACCUUUGACCCCCCGGUUUUCCGGUCAUGAAGAAGCAAACCCGCACGCUGAGGAAUCUCCGCCAGAGGCAGGGCGGCAGCAGCAGCAGCGAGGAUGACUCGGCCAACAUCAAGCUAUUAACCUCGCCCCUUAUAAGGAGGCGCACCAAGACCGACAAAACGCCAAAGGGAAUGUUCUACAGCACGGACUGGGCCAAGACGGCGCUGGUGACCAACUUCCACAAGCGGGGCUGGCAGGAGGUGCCGGCUUUUGGCGGCGACUGGAACUUUUACUGGGCCGGCACCCAGAACUGUCGCUAUAUCUUUGGCAUCGAUCAUCCCUAUCGCAUGCGAUCCGAUCAAAUCAUCAACCACUUUCCCAACUCCAUUGAGCUCUCACGCAAGGAUCUGCUCAUCAAGAACAUCAAGCGCUAUCGCAAGGAUCUGGAGCGUAGAGGGGAUCCCCUGGCACAGACUCUGUCGCCGGACACCAAGCUGGGCAUUGGCGGCACACGGUAUAAACAUCUGGAUAUUAUACCCAUGACCUUUGUCCUGCCCGCCGACUAUCAACUGUUUGUGGAGGAAUUCCAUCAGAGUCCAGCCAGCACGUGGAUCGUCAAGCCCUGCAGCAAGUCACAGGGCGUGGGCAUCUUUCUGGUGAACAAGCUCUCCAAGCUGAAGAAGUACGCCUGCGAGGCCCGCACCUUCUGUCCGCAAAUGAGCCGCGGUACCUGCGUGGUGGUAUCCAAAUACAUAAAGAAUCCGUUGCUUAUCGGCGGCAAAAAGUUCGACCUGCGGCUCUUUGUCCUGGUGACCGCAUUCGCCCCGCUGAAGGCGUAUCUCUACAAGGAGGGCUUCUGUCGCUUCUGCACCGAGAAGUACGACCAGGCCGAGAUCGACAAUGUCUUUAUGCAUCUCACCAAUGUCAGCAUACAGAAGACCAAUCAAGAGUACAACUCCAUACAUGGCGGCAAGUGGCCCCUGCAGAACCUCUGGCUCUAUCUGGACAGCCUUCGCGGCGAGGGCAUCUCCCACCUGCUGUGGCACCGCAUCUCGGAGACCAUCCGCCACUCCCUGGACGCCGUGGCCCCGGUAAUGGCCAACGAUAGGCACUGCUUUGAGGUUUAUGGCUACGACAUCAUCAUCGAUGACAACCUAAAGCCUUGGCUGAUCGAGAUCAAUACGUCGCCAUCCAUGCACUCGACCACCGCCAAUGAUCGCAUGCUCAAGUCGCGGCUAAUAGACAAUGUCCUGGAUGUGGUGGUGCCGCCCAAUAGCAUGCCAGACGAGCAUUGGGACAAGACGCCGCGUCCAGAGCUGCUAAAGAACUUUACCGUGCUAAUGCCCAUUCCGCUGGCCAAGAAGCUGCCGGCGGUGGUGGUCAGGUCACCGAAGAAGCGGCCAGCCCGCCGAAGGAGAGCCGGCUCCAGGGUCCAGCCGGCUCAGGAAGAUUCCUCCUCGGCUGUGAGUCAAAGGAAGAAGUGAGGCUGUGU